AUGUCCAAGAUUUUCCAGCCUCUCAAAGUUGGUAAAAUUACAUUGCCUCAUCGUGUAGUGAUGGCGCCGCUUUCACGAUAUCGCAACACGGAUGACCAUGUACCUCUCGAUAUAGCAGUCAAGUAUUACUCUGACCGAGCAGCUGUCCCUGGAACGCUCAUCAUCAGCGAGGCAACAGCAAUAUCUCGUAAUGAUGAGACUGAUCCUAAUGGUCCUGGUAUCUGGAGCCAUGAGGAGAUUGCCCAAUGGAAGUGCAUCAUAAGCGCCGUUCAUGCCAGGGGUAGAUAUUUUAUACAGCAGAUCUGGAGCCUGGGCCGCGCAGGUGACGCGGAGUUUGCGCACUCCAAGGGCAUCAAGUACGCAUCGAGCAGCGAGAAUCCCAUGGAAGGGUCUGAUGCAAUGCCAGAGGAGCUUACUGAGGAGGAAAUCUGGGCCAAGAUUGACGCGUUUGCCCAAGCCGCGAAAACAGCGGUUGCCGCAGGGGCGGAUGGAGUUGAGCUGCAUGGCGCUCACGGCUACUUGAUUGAUCAGUUUACCCGAGAGUCCAUCAACAACAGAACAGAUAAAUGGGGUGGCUCCAUUGAGAAUAGGGCGCGCUUUGCCAUCGAAGUCGUCAAGGCCGUCGCUGCUGCUGUCGGGCCAGAGCGUACGGCUAUUCGUCUUAGUCCUUGGGCCACUUUCCAAGGCGCGACAUCAUCUGAUCCACAGGCUCAGUUUCUAUACAUGCUGCGCGAGUUUAAGCGGCUUCACUUGAACCUAGGCUAUAUCCAUUUAGUAGAAGCAACUGGCGAUCCUGUCACUUGGCUGCACGAGAAAGAAGAGGAGCUUGACCAGCACAAAACAUAUAAGCGGAACACACUUGAAUAUCUACUGGAAGAGUGGGACAACUGGUCGCCCGUCAUCAUUGCUGGUGGUUAUACUGCAGAGAACGUCUUUCGGGCUGUGGAUGACCUGUACGACAAAUGGGAUAUUGCCAUUGCAUUCGGAAGAUAUUUUAUUUCCAAUCCCGACUUAGUGUUUCGCCUCCAAAAUGGGAUCAAGCUCAGUCCCUACAAACGGGAUAGCUUUUAUGCUAAGAAAGCUGCUGAAGGAUACAUUGACUACCCUGCCAGCGAAGAAUUUUUACAGACACAGAAAUAUGAACAAAGGUGA